CUGGCCGACUCAGGUGUUCCAGUCAGUCAGUGCGCCGCUGUCAACCCGUUUGGACAGGUGCGAAAGCUUGUGUUUGUUUGGACAGUGACGCUUCUCGUGGCCCGGCGCCGCAGGAUAUAUCACGCCGCCGAAGUGUGACGCCUUUGUGUCGCGGCCUUGUGUUACGGGAGUCAUGGGGAUCCUGGAAGAGUGCCCGACGCCCACGCCCGUGUCCGUGGCUCUGGACAUGUGCCUCAAACGCCAGGGCGAAGGAGCCGCCCAGGCCACGCCCGCCCACCGCCAGAGUCCGCCGUCACAGCGCCCCCACCAGGAGGCCGAGGAGGACCUGGAGGUGGACGUGGUGGACACAGACUCUGAGGUGGAGGUCGGAAAGGGCGACGAGGCGUGCGAGGAAGAGGAGGAGGGCGGGAGUACGGGCGGCGGAGGCGAAGGAAGCAGCGAGGGCGGCGGGGAGUCGGGCGGCCCUUCCAAGCGGAAGCAGCGCCGCUACCGCACCACCUUCACCUCCUACCAGCUGGAGGAGCUCGAGAAGGUGUUCGCCCGCACGCACUACCCAGACGUGUUCACCAGAGAGGAGCUCGCCAUGAAGAUCGGUCUGACGGAGGCGCGCAUACAGGUGUGGUUCCAGAACCGGCGGGCCAAGUGGAGGAAGCAGGAAAAGGUCGGCCCCUCCACGCACCCCUACGGCGGCUUCCCUUCCUCGGCCUCGCUGCCCCUUCAGAGCCCUUCGCCCCUUCCCCCCACCAUCUCCAGCCCCUUCGCCACCGGCCUGGGCUUCCCUGGGGCCAAGCACCUCGACCCCGCCGCCAUGUUCCACGGGGCCCGCGUGCCGCCCCCGAACCCCUACCUGCCGCCCACCUCCGCUGCCGCUGCCGUGGCCGCCGCGUCCGCCACCCAGCCGCUGCUGCCGCCCGGCUCGCCGUACCUCCACCCGUCGCUAGCCAUGCUGCGGGACCUGCAGUUCCGGCCUCCCGUGCUGGCCCCCCACCUGCUGCACUACACGCCCUCCUUCACCUCCGUGCUGGCCCAGCUGUCCCAGCGCUCCAAGCUGGAGCCGCCGCCGCAUUACCUGUCCAGCCUGCAGCCCUACCUGCCGUCCCUCGCCGGCCUGCAGAGCUCCGCCCCGUCCCUCUCGUCCUCCAGCCUGGCGCCGCCCCUGCCCUACUCGCCCCCGCUCACCGGCCCCGCGGGCAUACAGCCGCCGCCCCUCCCGUCCCUGCCCCUGCACCGGGACGACGCUGAGCGGCGCCACGCCUCGCUGCAGGACCUGCGGCUCAAGGCGCGCGACCAGGAGGUGAAGAUGGAGCUGAUGCGGAAGGCGGGCGAGAUCACGGCGUGAGUACCCAAGGGACGCUCGCCUGCUGCUGCCCUCAGCGGCGCGGGACGCUGGCGAGGCUGCUGUGACUUGCGUGGAUAACUAUACCCAAAGGCGUCACAGUGAGGCAGCCCGCCACCGCCAGCACCAGCCCGCCUCGCCGUGCUGACGUGGCCGGCGGCGUGAGGUCGCGGCACUGCGCCCCUCGAGGCCUCGAGGGCCCCUGCAGAGACGGCCUCACGUGGCGAUGGGAAGGGCGGCGCUGAGCGGCCGCGCUAGAGAAGUACCUCCUUCGGCAGGCGGCCAGGGCGAGUCUGGCCACGACGACCUCGUGCUGUGGCUGCGGCGAAUAAUGGCGUGUCCGCGGCGCGGUGGUGAAGGUGUAAGAUAGUGUUACAGUGUGUCGUAGCUUACGUUAGUGUUUCAAGCCACAAGUAUGCAAGUGUUACCUCAUCUACUGCUCCGUCCAGUCCUUGCCUCAGUACUUACACGUGUGUCUUGCCUCACGGCUGUGUGCUACAUGCUGACACCAACACACACACACACACACACACACACACACACAUACACACACACACGAGGAACAAACAAACAUACAUACCUAGGAAAUGAACCUCAUUAUGAUAAUUAUAUUUGCUAAUAAUUAUUUAAUAGAAGCCAAAGUUAUUAGACCUGUUAUUCCAUUAAUGUAUAUACUAUUAUGACACCAAUAAAGCAAACAAAACAUA